GCGCAUGCGCCGAGCUGAGGGCCCAGUGUUGUCGGCUGGGAAAUGGCGGCCGCGGGCUUGGUCGCGGUGGCCGCGGCGGCCGAGUACUCUGGCACCGUAGCGUCGGGAGGCAACCUCCCCGGUGUUCACUGCGGCCCAAGCUCCGGGGCAGGCCCCGGUUCUGGCCCGGGCUCGUGGAGCCGCUCUCUCGAUCGAGCCCUGGAGGAGGCGGCGGUCACCGGGGUGCUGAGCCUGAGCGGCCGGAAACUGAGGGAGUUUCCCCGGGGAGCGGCCAACCACGACCUGACGGACACCACCCGGGCGGACCUGUCACGAAAUCGCCUUUCAGAAAUUCCUAUAGAAGCAUGUCACUUUGUUUCUCUGGAAAAUCUCAACUUGUACCAAAAUUGUAUUCGGUAUAUUCCAGAGGCAAUUUUAAACCUACAAGCUCUAACGUUUUUAAAUAUUAGUCGGAACCAACUGUCAACAUUGCCGGUACACUUGUGUAAUUUGCCGUUGAAAGUCUUAAUUGCUAGUAAUAAUAAAUUGGUGUCACUUCCAGAAGAAAUUGGACACCUCAGACAUUUGAUGGAACUUGAUGUGAGCUGCAAUGAAAUUCAAACUAUACCUUCCCAAAUUGGUAACCUGGAGGCCUUGAGAGACCUUAAUGUAAGAAGAAAUCACCUAGUACAUUUGCCUGAAGAGCUGGCAGAGUUGCCUUUGAUACGGUUAGACUUCUCAUGCAAUAAAAUUACCACAAUCCCUGUUUGUUAUCGGAACCUCAGGCACCUACAGAUGAUCACCCUAGAUAACAAUCCACUACAGUCACCUCCUGCACAGAUAUGUAUAAAAGGCAAAGUCCACAUAUUUAAAUACCUGAACAUACAAGCUUGUAAGAUUGCUCCAGAUCUGCCAGAUUAUGAUAGGAGACCAUUGGGUUUUGGCUCCUGCCAUGAAGAACUGUACUCAAGUCGCCCGUAUGGAGCCCUUGAUUCAGGCUUCAAUAGCGUGGACAGUGGUGAUAAGAGAUGGUCAGGGAAUGAACCUACAGAUGAAUUUUCCGAUCUGCCUCUUCGAGUAGCAGAGAUGACUAAAGAACAAAGACUACGAAGGGAAAGCCAGUACCAAGAGAAUCGCGGCAGUUUAGUGGUAACAAAUGGUGGAGUGGAACAUGAUCUGGAUCAGAUUGACUUCAUAGACAGCUGUACCGCAGAGGAAGAAGAGGCCGAGGUGAGACAGCCCAAGGGACCGGACUCAGACAGCCUUAGUUCACAGUUUAUGGCGUAUAUUGAACAACGGCGAAUCUCUCAUGAGGGUUCACCAGUAAAGCCAGUAGCCAUUAGGGAGUUUCAAAAAACAGAAGAUAUGAGAAGAUAUUUACAUCAAAACAGGGUUCCAGUUGAGCCAUCUUCUCUCUUGUCACUAUCAGCAAGUCACAAUCAGCUGUCACAUACAGACCUGGAACUUCAUCGGAGAAGGGAGCAGUUAGUAGAGCGCGCUCGGAGAGAGGCCCAGCUCGCUGCCCUGCAGUAUGAAGAGGAGAAAAUAAGGACCAAGCAGAUCCAGAGAGAUGCUGUCCUGGACUUUGUCAAACAAAAAACAUCACAAAGUCCACAAAAACAGCAACCCCUCCUAGAUGGUGAGUGCCCCUUCCCAUCCAGAAGGUCUCAGCACACUGAUGAUAGUGCCUUGUUAGUGUCGCUGUCAGGUUUGAAUCAAGUGGGUUGUGCUGCUCCCCUGCCUCAUUCUUCUGCCUUCACGCCUCUUAAGAGUGAUGACAGACCUAAUACUCUAUUAAGUUCACCUACAACAGAAACAGUUCAUCAUUCCUCCGCAUAUGCUUUUCCUGCUGCUAUCCAGAGAAAUCAGCCUCAGCGCCCUGAAAGCUUCCUUUUCCGAGCAGGUGGCAGGGCAGAAGCCAGCAAAGGUCAUGCUUCACCCCUUCCUCCAUCUGCUGCACCUACCACUGAUUCUGCAGAUUCCAUAACAAGACAGAAUUCAAGACAGAGAGAAGAAGAGCUGGAAUUAAUAGAUCAACUGCGUAAACAUAUUGAGUACCGGUUGAAAGUGUCUCUGCCUUGUGAUCUUGGAGCAGCUCUAACUGAUGGUGUUGUUCUUUGCCAUUUGGCUAAUCAUGUGCGACCUCGAUCUGUCCCAAGCAUUCACGUUCCCUCACCAGCUGUACCUAAAUUAACAAUGGCGAAAUGCAGGCGAAAUGUGGAGAAUUUCCUAGAAGCUUGCAGAAAAAUUGGUGUACCUCAGGACAAUCUUUGUUCCCCUUCCGACAUCCUUCAGCUAAACCUCAGCGUUAAAAGAACUGUUGAAACACUACUUUCUCUUGGGGCACACUCAGAAGAAUCCAGUUUUGUCUGUCUCUCUAUCCAGCUUCUGGGUUUUGUGGCAUUUUACUGUACUGUCAUGUUAACUCUCUGUAUGCUUUAUUACUGGCUCUUCCCCUCUAGCUGAAAGAUUGCACUCCGGUGACUUUCCACCUCAUUCCUGUGCUGGGUAAAGGAGGUUUGUUUGUCAUUCAGAAUUAUUUAUAUAAGUGCUUUUUCUCCCCGCUGGCCCUCAAAGAGCUCACCGGUAAAGGAGACAAAUCCUUUUUGCAGAUGUGCAGCCUGUCACUCCUACACAAAAAGUUCUUUAUACAUAAGCCACAAACCACACACCUUCACAAUACCAAACAGAAAAUAUUGAUUUCUUAUAUAGACAUCACUUAGUACAAAAUAUUAAUUUCUUUUAUAGACAAAACUUAGCAUGAAGUUCUCUGGCGUGAACUUGUUGCAUUAGCAGACAUUUUGCUGACAAAGAGUAAAAGACCAGCAUCUUUUUCUCCUGGCCAUCCGCCCAUUCUCCUGGCCUGCGGCCUUGUUUCUCUUCCCAUAAACGCUGAAGCAUUUUUACUAAUACAAUUCUGAGCUUGUACUUCGAAUAUGACAUGUAGAGCUUUAUUUCCAAGUCACACAGUACAACCCCCAUUGGCCAUUUUUCCAUGUCUCAGCACAAGUGUUGACAUUGUGGAGUGACUGAGCCUUUUCAGCAGCUGCUCAUGAGGAAGAUCAUCGUGCCUUUUCUGGUUUUGGCAGGACCCGGUCACUUAGCUUUCUGCUUUGAACUGUGUCCGGAAACCCUGAAUCCCCCCUUGGUAGGCACAGGUCCGUCUGAGCAUUUGCGGUCUGGACGUUUGGAAGGUAUUGGCCGUCAUUUUAAUAAUUUUAGUUUGGUCAGAAUGUUCAGUUUAAAGAUCACGUGGAUUUCCUAGACUGCUAUUCUGAGCCCAAUCCAUACGUUGCACGUGGUGCACACGAGCAGAUGGGCUGGAGCUGGCCUCUCAGGGUGGGCACCUGGCCAGAUUGACUGUGUUUGUUAUGUGUAACUGAGACUCACUCCCAGCAUUCUGUUUAAAAUGGGAAUUUAUGUGAUUUCUAACCUUCUUAAUAGUGAAACUGUAGCAGGAGAAGUAGUAGGGCAGCAGUCCCUGUUCUGUACUCAAGGCAGUGAAUACUGUCUGGUUCUUUCUGAAUGCUUAGCAUUUAGCUGCUAGACAUUAAUGCUGGAAACUACUUUAUAAUUGUGGUUAGAUUCUAAUUUCAUAAGUGGUGUUUCUGAAUAUUCAGGAAACUUCUGAACUGUGUUAACAAAAUUGGGAUAAAGAAUGAACUCAAGUAGGAGGAGAGAUUGUGAGGAGCACGACAUGCAGUUGUAGAAUUCAGCCUGAGAGGCUUAUUGCUUUGGUUUUCUUCCAUAUGAAAUGGGACAGCUAUUUUCACAGGUGAAAAGACUGUUCACUGUUAAUGCUCAAACACUAAACACUGUGAUGAUGAAAACUGCAGUUUUCUGUGUUAGUAGGUGCCUUUCAGACUUUGGGGAGUUGGGUUGGUUUUAUUUUUAAGAUGUCUCAGAGUUGGAACACCUGUUAAAAAACACACACAGGCUCUCAUGGUUUAGGGGUUGUAAUUGUACAUUCUCUUGAGAACACACAGCACUCCCUGUAGCCCAGCUGGAAGGUAAGUGUGCUCUAGAAAGCAUAGGCUUCUGAGUGUAAACGCCAGGCCACACAGGUCCUAGGGCGCUACUGAGAGGAAGAGAUCAGGGGAUCAGCCUUGGAGAAAGCACGUCUCUUCCGACAGCAAAACAAAACGCUCAGCAGGUUCAUUUUAAAAAUAAUUUAUCUAGACGUGCAGUUGCACUCAGUAUUUCUACAAAGUUGCUAGUUUUAUUAGAUCAAAAGAUUACAGUUACCUCAUUUUAUCAAGAUAAGUAUUAAAUAAAAAGUAAGCACAAGUACCAGUAACUGCCUCAAAAAUAAAUACUUGUUAUAUAUUUUAUUGUAACUGGUUUUGUAAAAUUUCGUAGUAAUGUUGUCUCAAUGAAAAGCAAAAAAAAAAAAAAACUAGUUGUCUUCUUUAACAAACAUGUGUAAUCCUUUUUUAGUGGAACCAGAAUUCUAUAUUCUGUUCUUUGUAAGAGCAAUCUCUUUUCUUUCUGAAUAUUUACUCUUAACAGAAAGCCAGUGAUAAGUGCUGUUCUUAAGAUUUGCCUUUUUCUCUCAGAAGAAAGGAUUAACCUAACAAAUUAAUGAUGCGCACACACUCGAUGUAUUACUUAACUUCCUUAAGCAAACAUUGUAAACACUUUACAGAUGUUGGUAAUCAACAUAUUCCUGCCAAAGCUUAGGUAGUAGUUCCCUGGAAUAAUUCAGGCUGUUAAAUACCAGGAUAUUAAAUACUUUACAUUUUCAAAUACUAUUUCUUUUUAAUUCUGUAAUUCAGAUUUUUAAUUCAGACAGGCCCUUCCAUGAAUUAUUCAAAUUAGGGGGAAGUUUCUCAAACACAUCUAAAUCUCAAGAGCUCAGGAUACACUGAGUUUCUUGCCCUGCCUGGCCUUGGGAACCCUGGUUUUCAUAGUCAGGAUUAUCAUGCAGAUAGUGUAGAACUCAUGCAGGCUGAGUUAUGUUUUCAAACUAUCUUGCAUUCCUGUGGUAGGGAACUUACAAAGUGCUUUCUGCUAAAGUGUAAAUCUUUCAGUCUUGAGCCAUCUGGUAGCGUGGAAUUGUUUUUCUAUUUUUCACAUUUCCUAUUUUAUAGAUGUGCACUGGCCUUUUAUUCAUCAGAGAAUAAAGGAUGUUGCUUUCACACUGCAGUACUGUUUUUCCUCUGCUGUAUGUAUAAAUAUACGCUACUUGUCAAUUUCCCAAUUUUGAAAAUUAUCUGUAUGUACUUUUAGUUGUAUUAAUAAAGUGACAGUGAGCGUCA